CUAUGGCUACGGACAAGAAGGGACUCGUGGCGCUCGCGAAGGCCGCGAAGGCGCGCCAAGCGGCGCGGCGGCAUGCGGCCAAGCUCCGCGCUGCGGCGAGCGCGGAUACGACCGAGGACCAAGUCGAGCUCGCGCUGCUCGACACGCCGCCGAGGGCGACGGCGAAGCAGGCCCAGCUGAACAGCAAGAGCAGGGGCAAAGACAAGAGCACGAGCAAGAGCAAGAAGCGCAGGGCGGAGGACGACGCGCAGCCCAAGAAACGGCUGCGCGCCGACCAGCUUGCGUGGCGCAAAGUCAAUACGUCGAGUCUGCCGGGCAUGGAUGCGGGCGGGGGCAUGAUGAUGCUGGAAGAGCUCGAGGAUGUCGGGGUCGAAUGGGAGGAGGGGCCGGACGGCGGGCGCACGGCGCGGUUUGUGACGAAGGCGAAGGGGAAGGAGAGGGCGGAGGCGGAGGCGGAGGAUGAGGAUGAGGAGGGGGGCGAGGAGGAGGAGCAGAACGACGACGAGGAUCAAGAGGUCCAGGAGGAACAAUCCGACAGCGACGAGGACCAACCAGACGAACUCGACACGCUCACAUUCGAAGGACUGGACGAGGCCGACCUCAACAACGCCGACGACAACGUCGUGGACGAGGAGCCGGCGUUCAACGACAAGAAGCUCCCGGCGUGGAAGGGCGUCGACCUCCACUCGAGCCUCAAGCAGGGCCUGCUAUCGCUGGGAUUCAAGACGCCCACGGACAUCCAGAAGCGUGCCGUCCCCUUCGCGCUCGAGGGCCGCGACGUCGUCGGCGUCGCUGAGACAGGCUCGGGCAAGACGCUGGCGUACGCGCUGCCCGUGCUCUCGCACGUGCUCCGCCAGCCGCGGACGUCGGGCAAGCGGCCGCUCUCGGCGCUCAUCCUUUGCCCCACGCGCGAGCUCGCGCUGCAAGUGUCUGAGAAUCUUAGCGCGCUGCUCGCCAAGGCGUGCCCGAGCGAGAAGGGCAAGCCGCCGCGCGUGUCCGUGGGCAGCGUUAUCGGCGGCCUGUCCGCGCACAAGCAAGCGCGCAUCGUCGAGCGCGGCGCCGACGUGCUCGUCGCCACCCCCGGCCGUCUAUGGGACCUGUUGAAGAUGAACGACGCGUUGGCGGCGAGCGUGCGCGCCCUCAAGUUCCUCAUCAUCGACGAGGCGGACCGCAUGAUUGAGACGGGACACUUUGCCGAGCUCGAGAGGAUCGUCAAGCUCACCCAGCGGGAAGGGAGCAACGCCGAGGCCGUCGACGAGGACGAGGACGAGAUCUUCAAGGCUGCCGGCACGCAGCUCACCGCGACCAAGGCGCGUGACGACAUGCAGACGUUCGUCUUCUCCGCCACGCUCAGCAAGGACCUCCAGGCCAACUUGAAGCGCUACAAGCGGCGGGGGAGGAAGCGCUCCUCGACGCUCGAGGAUCUCGUGGAGCGCCUCGACUUCCGCGACGCCAACCCCGCGGUCAUCGACCUCUCUCCCGAGGGCGGUCUGGUCGCGACGCUGCGCGAAGCGCAGAUCGAGUGUGUCGCAUCCGACAAAGACCUCUACCUGUACUACAUGCUCCUGCGGUAUCCCGGGCGCACGCUCGUCUUCACGGGCUCGAUCGACGGCAUCCGCCGCCUCAUCCCGCUCUUCCAGACGCUCCGCGUCCCCGUCCACCCCCUCCACUCGCAGCUGCAGCAGAAGCAGCGCCUGCGCAACCUCGACCGCUUCCGGUCCGAGCCGAACUCGGUGCUCAUCGCGACCGACGUCGCGGCCCGUGGCCUCGACAUCCCCCACGUCGACCACGUCGUGCACUUCAACCUCCCGCGCAGCGCCGAUGCCUACGUCCACCGCUCGGGCCGUACGGCGCGCGCGCAAAACCCGGGCUUUGCGCUCCAACUCGUCGCGCCAGAAGACCGCGGCGUGCAGCGCGGCCUACUCAAAGCGCUCGGCCGCACCGCCCCGCCGCCCGACAUGCCCAUCGAAGGCGGCUUUUUGCGCACGCUCAAAGAGCGUGUGCGGAUAGCUGGCGAGCUCGAAAAGGCGCAGCACGCAAGCAAGAAGAAGGCGCACGACAAGAACUGGCUCCUCGAGGCGGCCGAGGCGAUGGACGUUGACAUCGACCCGUCCAUGCUCUCUGACCUCGAAGACGACCCCGACCGGCCGUUCUCGCACGCCAAGGCUAGCAAGGUCGACAAGCUCAAGGCCGAGCUGGCCGAGCUGCUCGCGCAGCCGCUCGUCGCGCGCGGCGUGUCCGCGCGAUACCCGACUUCGGGGUCGCGCGUGAUUGUCGACGACGUGCUGCGCGGCGACGCGCACGGCGUCAUGCUUGGCGCGAGCACCGAAGCCGCGUUCGAGGUCGCGGACACGGUUGCGCUCAAGAAGGGCGGCAAGGGCACGAAGAAGUUCGACCGGAAGAAGGCGGACAAGGGCGAGGUCAUGCGCGGCCGGCAGGAGCGCAAGGACGCCAAGAAGCGUGCCAAGGGCAAGGACAAGAAGCGGCGGGACGAGGACGACGAGGGCGACGAGGAGGACGAGUGAGCGGGAGAGCAUGCAUGUUGGGUGUUUACAUCGAG